CAUCAUCAGCAGCAGCAGCAAGUGGCGCUGCUGCAGCUGGGGGUGGUGGUGUCGCCCCCUCCGCCGGCGGGCGACGUCUCCCCUCUCUGCACGCCCCCCUACACCCCCGGGGGACGACUCUCGCGAUUCUUCGGUGCCGGCUCCCCCCCGGCUCCUCCGACAACCGACGUCACGACCACCACCUCUUCCACCACCUCCUCCACCACCACCACCUCCUCUUGUCUCGCCGAUGUGUACGGAGAGUCCGACGCGAAGAGCCGUCCUUUUUCAUCAUCAUCGUCAUCGUCGUCGUCGAUGACCAACGGCUUCGUCUACGACGUCCUCCCUCCCACACCCGAGAGCCCCGCGCACCAAGAGCCGAGUUGGAUUCCCGGCACGGCCGCCGCGUUUGAGGACGCGCAGUGGCCGCGCGUCCUCGCCGCGGCCUCAGAGGUCAAACUCUGCCACAGCCACCACCACAACCACCACCACCACAACCGGCACAACCACCACCACCGCCGCGUGGUCUACAUGCCCGGCGAGAAGGAGCGCAUCAACGUCAUAUUCGAGCAGAUCAGCCGGAUGGCCGAGAGCUUCGAAGGGUGCAGGACGGGCACGUCGUCGACAUCUUCGUCGUCAUCUUCGUCAUCAUCGUCAUCUUCGUCGUGGUCUCCGUCGCUCGAUUACUCCAACUGGAGAGGCGACGCGUGGACUCCUGGCGUCAGCGAGUGGACACCACCGCCUUCGGACGGAGAAGGAUCGUCCACCACCACCGCCAACUUCCUCCAGGAGAACACCAUCGAGAAGAUCCUGCAGGAGGCCAUGAGCGACGAGGAGGAGGUCCAAGACGACGAAGAGGUGGUGGUGGAGAAGGAGGAGCAGGAGGAGGUGGACGAGGCAGAGCGAGAGAAGAGGGCCCGCGGAUUGAGCCGGCAGGCCGCGGGUGGCGAGGUCUCGGUGGACCUGGCGGAGGUCAGUGGCCGGGCGGCCCAGGAGCUGCAGGUGCUGUUCGAGACUCUGGAGGAGCUCUUUGCAGGCUGGGGCGGAGACCCUGAGGGGCCCCCGAGCGAGUUGCAUCAACUCAACGCGCCCGACGUCGUUUGCGGCGCACACCCAGAUGGGCGAGGAGGGAGCAGCCCCUUCUACACGUGAACAUAAGUCUGUGACUUACCUGCAUCCGUAUGGCAUAUUGUCAUCGCGCAAGAGUCGGCGGACAACAAGCAGCACGGCUUGACACAGUCUCUCUGGCGUCAGGCCCUUGUCCUCCCCCCACUAUC